GUCAACAUGUGAAACGGAUCAAGAACAGGAACACGAAGAAGAUGCAUAAUUUAUCAUGUUCAUGGAGUACAGUUGAUUCCAAGGGAGGAAUGUGGAAAAUUCUCAGGUCCAGGCUAUGGCAUUUAAUACAUAGCAAAAAGGCCAUUUGCAUGCGUCAUAAAAUUCAAUUUAAUACAUAGCCUGAUCGGGAGGUAUGCUUCGUCUCAGUACAUAAGUAGUUAAGAGUUUCUCCUCGGGUUCUGCGCUGUUGAACAAGGUGUGAAGUGAUGUUUUUAUUCGUUUAUGUAGUACCUGCAACUCUACUACAUUGACUUAGUAUGUCGUGCAGUCCCUAAACGCGCGGCACAACUUCCACCUGAAGAGAACAUCUAUCAUGGCGGAUCCGUGGGGGGUAUUUUCCUCCAGCAGUGAUGAGGAGGAUAGGGAGGAUGUUGAUCCUGCUUCGGGUUACGUGUCCGAUCACUCUUUCCAUGCGCAAAUUGCACCAGAGCAAGACGGUUUUCAGACUACCCGAUCAGUGGUGCGAGCAAAAGGGGCACGAACAUACGGAGGAAGCAAAAGCUGCGAUGAUAGCUUAAAUUCGUCCACCAGUUGUGGUGAAGACGAGCCUCCGUCCUUUCGCGACGCUGAUAAUUCCAUUGCGAUUGCAAGUACUAGCUCUAGCAGAACAAAGAACUACAGUACUAAGCAAGGAGAAAGUUUUUACACAAGGACGAAGGUAGUUGGCAUCGAUCGCCAGGCACAGCAGGCUGCUGUGGUUCUGCAGUACCACGCCACUGUCUUGGCGCUCAGGGAGCAGUUUUUACCGCUCCAAGCGGUCAACGAACACGACGGCGGGGCCGCAACCGCGAUUCUUGGAAGUGCGGAGGAAGAUAAAGCUCUGCGCGACGUCCUCCUGUUACAUGAGGAGAUUGUGAAGGAUGCUGAGAAUGGGGAUGGGGAAGAUGUAGAAAUAAUUCGAAGUUGUAAGCCGGAUUCGGAUAGUACGAACGCUGCUACUAUAACGAGCGCCGCGGGCAGCACGUCGAUGUCGGUGUCUUCGAGCACCACCCCGUCGCCUCCUACUUCGAAUUGCAGAAUGCUAGAGCGUUUGUCAUCGACAUUGAGGCCGAAAAUCGAAGGCCUUUCUCUCGUGAAAACCCGUGUUAUGGAGAUGACAAGUGGCGCUGCAGCUGUGGGCGGUAAAACUUGUGAUCCGCAUCUUGGCGAGGUGGGGGAUUCGGUGGAACCACAUGCACAUGCUCAACUACAAGCCCGUCAGGAUUGCCUUGUGUUUUGCCUCUUGAUUCUGGGGGGUUGCUAUGGCUGUACUUCGACCGACACUUCAAACGAUACCCUACGCCAGCACGCCAACAACAUCAGUCUCGCGUUCGCUGCUCUCGACGAAGGCUUGAAUCGGGGAGGUCUCGCUAUGUUUGGGCGUCGGGGGCAACAACUAUCCACGCUUAUCCAAAGUGCCGACUGGGCCCUGUUGCACAGGUCGAAAACGACGACGAGGAGGAUCACCGAGGAGAAUCAUUCUAAUUGCAGAGAGGAUAUGAAGGUCGUGCGCUCGACGUCGAAAGAGUCAGAGAUUUGUCCUUGCCCAAACAAGAGGAUUCACCUUUUGGACCACGACCUUCAUACGGCAACCAAUGAAGGAGCACACGGCAGCACCAACUGCGCCGUCGGCGGUGACGCCUCAUUGUCACGUCGGAGAGAUGAAGUCCGUGAGGAUGGAGGACUCAAGCAGCUUUCAUCUUUCGCAACAUCGUUGCGAAAUCAGUAUCUGAUCGAUAUCCCUUCGUCGCCGGAAUAUGACUCUUUUGACACACGACCCUCCCUGCGCGAACUCUUCCGCUUGCACUUUUCGGCAGAGCGAGCCGCACCAGGCAGCUACUCUCACUACAGCGACACAAAAAACACCAAUUUUCACCCCGAGCCCCAACGCCUUCCCGGUUUUGCACGACGAUGGAAAUGCAUAGCGGACUGGCCGUGCUUUCAAGAAAUGAAUUCCAUGAACUUCUGGCUACAGCACAAGCACCGUGUCGUGCCGUUGGAGAUAUACAGCUGCGAAGCCAUCAUGACCUCCGCAAGACACGACAGCGGCACGGAGAUGACCGAAGCCUACUGGACUUUCGAGAAGUUUUUGAGCGAAUGCUUUCUGCAAAGUCAAGACGACGAGCAGGAAGACGUAGACAAAUGUUGCGAUCUUUCAUCUUCAGAAUCGAAGCAUCUUCCUGAACAACAGCCAGACGACCGGGGUAGUGGUCCUCAGCGAGAAGGCAUCAGCGCAAGCGAUCAGGGCAGCACUGGCUCUGGGCGACGAGCACAUCAGCAUCACAAGCAGGAGUGCGACACUGGGAAAAAUAAAGAUGAACAAAUUGUGUACCUGGCCCAGCACAAUUUGUUUCGGCAGAUUCCGGAACUGAAAAACUCAGUGCCGUGGACUUUCGAGGCUGAUGUGUCAAGCAUCUGGAUGGGAACGCGGAACACAAUUACUAAUAUGCACUACGACACCAUGGACAACGCCUACGUGCAGGUCGCUGGCUACAAACGCAUCAAGAUCGCGCCUCCGUGGUGGCACUUUCCGAAGGAAGGGCUAAAGGAAGCCGCUAGUAGAAGCAGCUGCAAUGUUGAUAGAGUAGAGCGCGAGCGGCCGCGUUCGGCUUCGGACGACGAGGCCGCUCUUGCAUUUAUUGACAAAUCCGGUUUAGAAGAAGAGAUAAGCAAACGACAGCAGUACUGGCAGAAGCACCGAAACCCGGUCACCAAUGUGUGUCAGGAGCAGCUUACCGCCGUGCGGGCACAGGCACUGAUGACAUCUCCGUCGGCUGACAUAUUGGCGCAGCAGCAAGCAACACGGCCCACGAAAGCUCAAGGUGCGAAUAAAAACUUCGUGCCAAAUCUCGAGGUCUUCGGGAAGGACGAAGCUGCGCUCUGUCCCAUAGAUCUUGUUGCAGGACCGGGAGACCUUGUGAUAAUCCCGAAAGGCUGGUUACACGCAAUGCACGCACUCACACCAAGUAUCAGUGUUAAUUUCUGGAUGGAGCGACGAGACGUGUGAAGGUUGAGGCGCGACAGGCAGAACAACAAUUGGUACAAAUGACGGACAACUGUCUUUUGACACGAACUCAGAACAGCGACUGCCUUACCCGUAUCUGUGUGAAGCACAAAGAAAUUCUGGCAAAAAGUGACUACUAGACAAACAUC